AUGGCUGCUAACCAUUUGCAUCCGCUCUUGUGCUUAGCGCUAGCCAUGCUUGUUUCCCUCGACUUUUCAUGCGCGCAAACGGGCAUCACAUCUGGGUCCUCCCUGAAGGCCGCCGCAGGCGCCGGCUGGUCAUCCCCGUCAGGCCGCUUCUCCUUCAGCUUCUACGCCACGGAAGGCGGCCUCGCGGUUGGCGUCUGGCUCGCCACCACGCCCAACGUAACCAUCACGUGGACCGCGAACUGCAACGACAUGGCAACGGGCGGCACGCUAAGGCUCGCCGACAACGGUCGUCUCCUCUGGACCGGCGCGAGUGAUCACGACAGGGCCGUCGCGCAGCCAUCAAGGCUGGCUGUGGCGGGCUCCAUGCGGGAUGACGACAACUUUGUGCUGUUUGGCGCUGACGGCGCGGUGGUGUGGCCUGAACACCCUGAUCGCCGGGCAGGACCUCGUGCCCGAGGUGCAGCUCUUCUCCAGCGUGUCCGACACCAACAAGGCCCAACAAAGGCCGUCAAGUACCGACUCGCCAACCAGCAACAGGACGGCAACCUGGUGUUGUACCCGGUGAACAACGAUGGCAGCUUUACCAAGAACCUGACAGUGACACAGCCAGGAGCCUUAAAAGCUGGAGAGGAAGCCUACUACCGACUCACGCUUGAUCCUGAUGGAGUUCUGCGUUUGUACCGUCAUACCUUCGUGUCUGGUUCUAGGUCUGGCGGUGCGUCCAAUACCACCACCGUCGUCUGGAGCGCUCUGACCAAUCGAUGCCAUGUCCAUGGUGUUUGCGGGCACAACAGCUACUGUGUCCUCGACCAGGAUCGGCCUAGCUGUUUGUGCCCGCCGGGGUUCGAUUUUCUCGACGUGAGCAAUGCGGAACUCGGUUGCACGGUGAACUCCAGCGCCGGCGACUGUAAAUGGGGGCAGCAACAAGAUGCCGCAGACUUCUCCGUGAAGUUGACACCAAACAUGGAGUAG